UCUCCUUCCUCCCUGCACACCAGACGAGAUAUAAACUCACCACAGGUAGGUUCUAGCUCAGCUUUUUUUUUCUAGCAUAGCUCAGGAUUAAAGAUCUUACUAAACCGGUGUCGACUUAGUUAUAUUUUUGGCAUUCCAGCUAGUUUUAAUUAAUUCAAAAUGGCAGAAAACAGAGCAAAGAAAUCUGGCAUUGGUGCGGAAAUCGAAAAGAAAUUAGAAAUGAGGUAUGACCAGGAGGAAGCGGCUGGAACAAUGAAUGCCAUCAUGGUCUGGAUCAACGCCAUCACAGCCGGUGAACACGAAGCCAUCGGAAACCAAUCCCAAAAGGAAUUGCACAGGUGUUUGAGAGACGGUGUUAUGCUGUGCAAACUAGUAAAUAAACUUCUUGCAAGUGAAGGGAAAGGAAAGGUCAGCUUCCAGAAGAAAGUGGCGUCGCCAUUCGUUGCCAUGGGCAACAUCGAGUCGUUCAACAAAGGGUGUAGCGAGUAUGGACUGAGCAAGGAGUUCUUGUGUCAGAGCACUGACUUGUGGGAAGGUCGUAAAGGCCCCUUCCUCAACGUCAUCAACUGCAUCCACAGUCUUGGCUUUUUGGCCAACUCAAAGGGGUUCCAGCCAACGUACACAGGUGAGCAGACAAAAUACCUGGACAACGAAUAGAACCCUCUGUGUGUAUGAUGACAGCCACAUGUACUCACUCACCAUUACAAGGUCUAGGUCAUUGAACUAAGCAAAUACUGCAGCGACUCCACUUGUGGUUUAAAGACGGCUUGAAAUUCUUUAUUUUUAUGACCGUGUUCAAUACGCAAUGCUUUUUGUCAAAUUUCUCGAGAUUUCGUUGAACGUAUUUUUUAAUUCAUGGAUUUGUAAUAUAAACAGAUAAAAUGCAUGUGAAUUUUAUCGUCAGCUCCGAAAAAAAUGUAUUUAUGUAAUUUAUUUUAAAGCAAAAUAAAUAUCGAAGCUAUUAAAAUUCUGGUAUUUCUGAAAUGAAAAUCGUGUGUUAAAUUAUGUACGGAAGAGAUUCUGUACUUACUAUUCUUCUUUUUGUCAUUGCAUUUGUCGUCUCCUAUCUUGCUAUACAAUAACACUCAUUAUUAAAAUA